GCCGCGACGGGCAGCCGGGCUCGGGCCCCCUCCGCCGCCCGCUCCGCGUCGUGCCCACCCCGCCGCCCGGCGGCCGGCCGCGUCCCGCGGGCAUGGAGGGAGGCGGCAAGCCCAACUCCUCGUCCAACAGCCGCGACGAUGGCAACAGCGUCUUCCCCGCCAAGGCGCCCGCGACGGGCGCGGGGCCGGCGGCGGCCGACAAGCGCCUGGGCACCCCGCCGGGGGGCGGCGGGCCGGGCGCGAAGGAGCACGGCAACUCCGUGUGCUUCAAGGUGGACGGCGGCGGCGGCGGCGGCGGCGAGGAGCCGGCGGGGGGCUUCGAGGACGCCGAGGGGCCCCGGCGGCAGUACGGCUUCAUGCAGAGGCAGUUCACCUCCAUGCUGCAGCCCGGGGUCAACAAAUUCUCCCUCCGUAUGUUCGGCAGCCAGAAGGCGGUGGAGAAGGAGCAGGAAAGGGUUAAAACUGCAGGCUUCUGGAUUAUCCACCCGUACAGUGAUUUCAGGUUUUAUUGGGAUUUAAUAAUGCUUAUAAUGAUGGUUGGAAAUCUGGUCAUCAUACCAGUUGGAAUCACGUUCUUUACAGAACAGACAACAACGCCAUGGAUUAUUUUCAAUGUGGCAUCAGAUACAGUUUUCCUUUUGGACCUGAUCAUGAAUUUUAGGACUGGGACUGUCAAUGAAGACAGUUCUGAAAUCAUCCUGGACCCUAAAGUGAUCAAGAUGAAUUAUUUAAAAAGCUGGUUUGUGGUUGACUUCAUCUCAUCAAUCCCAGUGGAUUAUAUCUUUCUCAUUGUAGAAAAAGGAAUGGAUUCAGAAGUUUACAAGACAGCCAGAGCACUUCGCAUUGUGAGGUUUACAAAGAUUCUCAGCCUCUUGCGUUUAUUACGACUUUCAAGGUUAAUUAGAUACAUACACCAGUGGGAAGAGAUUUUCCACAUGACGUAUGAUCUUGCCAGUGCAGUGGUGAGAAUUUUUAACCUCAUUGGCAUGAUGCUGCUCCUGUGUCACUGGGAUGGCUGUCUUCAGUUCUUAGUGCCACUGCUGCAGGAUUUCCCACCAGACUGCUGGGUCUCUCUGAAUGAAAUGGUUAAUGAUUCCUGGGGAAAGCAGUAUUCAUACGCACUCUUCAAAGCAAUGAGUCAUAUGCUGUGCAUUGGGUAUGGAGCCCAGGCCCCAGUGAGCAUGUCUGAUCUCUGGAUAACCAUGUUGAGCAUGAUUGUAGGGGCUACCUGCUAUGCCAUGUUUGUUGGCCAUGCCACGGCUUUAAUCCAGUCUUUGGAUUCUUCAAGGAGACAGUAUCAAGAGAAGUAUAAACAAGUAGAACAAUAUAUGUCAUUCCAUAAAUUACCAGCUGAUAUGCGCCAGAAGAUUCAUGAUUACUAUGAACACAGAUACCAAGGAAAAAUUUUCGAUGAGGAAAAUAUUCUCAGUGAACUUAAUGAUCCUCUAAGAGAGGAAAUAGUCAACUUCAACUGUCGCAAACUAGUGGCAACGAUGCCUCUUUUCGCUAAUGCAGACCCUAAUUUUGUGACUGCCAUGCUGAGCAAGUUGAGAUUUGAAGUGUUCCAGCCUGGAGAUUAUAUCAUACGAGAAGGAGCUGUGGGUAAAAAAAUGUAUUUCAUCCAACAUGGUGUUGCUGGUGUCAUCACAAAAUCCAGUAAAGAAAUGAAACUGACAGAUGGAUCUUACUUUGGAGAGAUUUGCCUGUUGACCAAGGGACGGCGAACUGCCAGUGUUCGAGCUGAUACCUACUGUCGCCUCUACUCACUUUCUGUGGACAAUUUCAAUGAGGUUCUGGAGGAAUAUCCAAUGAUGAGAAGAGCUUUUGAGACGGUUGCCAUUGACCGACUAGAUAGAAUAGGAAAGAAAAACUCAAUUCUUCUGCAGAAGUUCCAGAAGGAUCUGAACACUGGUGUUUUCAACAAUCAGGAGAACGAGAUCCUGAAGCAGAUCGUGAAGCAUGACAGGGAGAUGGUGCAGGCAAUUGCUCCAAUCAAUUAUCCUCAAAUGACUGCCCUGAAUUCCACCUCGUUAGCUACUACACCCACCUCUCGCAUGAGGACACAGUCUCCACCAGUAUACACAGCGACCAGCCUGUCUCAUAGCAAUCUGCACUCCCCCAGCCCCAGCGCGCAGACCCCUCAGCCGCCAGCCAUCCUCUCCACCUGCUCCUACACCGCCGCGGUCUGUAGCCCUCCAGUACAGAGUCCACUGGCCACUCGAACUUUCCACUAUGCCUCCCCUACCGCGUCCCAGUUGUCACUCAUGCAACAGCAGCAGCAAUUGCAGCAGUCCCAGCCUCCGCAGAGCCAGCAGCCGCCCCAGCAGCCACAGACACCCGGCAGCUCCACCCCGAAAAACGAAGUGCACAAAAGCACGCAGGCGCUUCACAACACCAGCCUGACCCGCGAGGUCAGGCCCCUCUCGGCCUCACAGCCCUCGCUGCCCCAUGAGGUUUCCACCCUGAUUUCCAGACCUCAUCCCACUGUGGGCGAGUCCCUGGCCUCCAUCCCUCAGCCCUUGGCAGGGGUCCACAGCACAGGCCUGCAGGCAGGGGCCAGGGGCACUGUCCCCCAGCGGGUCACCCUGUUCCGACAGAUGUCUUCGGGAGCCAUCCCCCCCAACCGAGGAGUCCCCCCAGCGCCCCCUCCACCAGCAGCUGCUCUUCAGAGAGAAUCUUCCUCAGUCUUAAGUACAGACCCAGAUGCAGAAAAGCCACGAUUUGCUUCAAAUUUAUGAUCCCUGCUGAUUGUCGAAGCAGAAAAUACUUUAAUAAACUGAGGAUAUUCUCAGAUUUUAUUUUAUUCUAUCUCCUGAUAGAUCCCUAUAACCUACUAUGAAGAGAUAUCUUAGACAGCUCUGGCCUACAUGCAAAUUGUAAAAUAUAUAUAUAUAUAAAUAUACAUAUACUAUGAAAUAUAUAUCUAAAUUCCCAAGAAAAGUUCAAAGACCUGUUUAGCAUUCAGUGUUAUAUGUCUUCCUUUCUUUAAAUCAUUAAAAGAUUUAAAAUGUUGUUGUAAGAUUAUUUAUUUUUAACCUACUUUUACUUAAUUCCUUUGGUAUAUGUAUUUCUCUAUUUGAUGAAGAGUUCUUGGAUUCAAUGGAAACAAAACUCUAAUUUUAAAAAGGCAACUCAAAUGAGCAUUAACUAAAUAGCACCAAUAAAAACUAUAUUCAUUAGCGAUGUCUCUGCAUCUAAAUUGGUAGUCAUUAUUAUGGAAUAUUAAAUAGCAAAUUCCCUUUUAUAGAUCUAACUUGUAUCUUGGUGCUUUCGAUUUUGAAUUAGGCUAAGGAACACACUACAUGCUUGGCCACAUAGCAGACUAGUGUUGUCAUUAUUCUGAAUACCCCUAACCUCAAACAUAUUCAUUGAUCUUUCAGAAAGCUGUGGAGAUAUUUGUUUUCAUAUGUUAUUGGACUUUCACCAAGACUCAAUGUUAAUAUAACUUUUCAACCCAAGUAAAAAUAGCUAUUCUGUGCCGUAUGAAGGUAAAAGUCAUCAUUUAAGGAUUUAGUUUUCUUGCUUCACUUCAAAACUUAGAGUUUUAAAUUUUGCAAAACCUAAUUGUGACAACUAUUCAACUGUAAUGCAAUGGCUUGACACCUACAAUAUUAUUUUUAACCUGCAAUGUUUUAUAAAAUUGUAUGCUUGAUUCUACAAAUUGCUUGUAUUACACUGAAAACCAUUACUUUUAUUCCUUCUUGCCAUAAUCAAGCAAAUGAAAGUAGUCCCUGCAUGCUUUGGGGGAAAAUAUAGGUUCAAUUCAGUCAUUGUAGGGAAAGGAACAGUAUUUCUUAUUUCUAGAAAAGUAUAACCGUUCAUUAAUUGCCUAUCUUAAAAUUCCUAUAAGGCUGACUUUGAUCUCUGACUUAAGUCUAGAAGUGAGGUUUUCACUUUCAUUUAAUAUUAUUACUACUGUUAUUAUUAUUUAAGUAAUGAUUUGUAAAUCACAGCUUGAUUUGGAAUUGCCCGUGUAUUCUGUGUCUUUACUGUAGUUGGUAGUUUACUGUGGUGUUAAUUUAAAGAAGUAUACUAUAGCAUCAUGUCUGUAUGGAAACACACACUUUUGCUGUAUGAAUAUUGUAACCAAAUGGCUAGUCAACUGUAAGGCAUGUGUUACCUAACAUAGCCCUUAAAUUGGAGGGUUGUUCUUUUCAAUGUGCUGAGGAAAGUAUGGACAUGGUUUCAGAAAGCAGAGUUCAAAGUGAAUGUCUAAGCAUUGUUUGUUUGUUUGUUUGUUUGUCUGUUUUCUUAACUCUUUCCAUGGUCUGUUAGCAUCUGCUUCUUCUCAAGGAAGUCUUUUAGUAAUCAUUUGUGCCUAAUGCAUCCCACGAAUGUGGUGGAUGACUGAAACACAAUUGGAAGAUUCCUAACAACCAACUUCUAGAAAUAACACAAGUUAAGAGAAUGACCUAGAGUGGAGGUCUUCCAGGUCUUUGCCACUGGUGAUCCAUUUAAGAAGAAUACAGAGAUCACUCAUGAAAUGGGGCAGGGCCUCCAGAUAGACUUGAGGACAGAAAUCAAAACAAAAGCAAAAACUCUAAAACGGAUCCAUGCUGCCUGUAUGCCUUUUGUGGAUUUGAUACCUAUCAUACCAAAAUGAGUUGUUAUGUUUAUUUCCUAACAGCCCCCAGCUUGUGUGGAAGUAAUCAACAAUGCUAGUCAAUGUACCGUUAUUAACAUGAUGGUGACACAUGAUGGCAUGUCAGUAAUGGUGUAAGAAAGGGAUCGCUCAGUCUACCUAGAACCUAUGGAAAAGCUGCAAGACCAAUUACAUAUCGUACAAGACUCAUUUAUUUUAUUAAAAUAUUGACAAUUAACUUCAAUUUAUUAAGAUCAUGUAUUGGUCCUUUAAAUUAUUAAAGGUUUACAUUUGAUAGGA